CGAAUUCGCGAUCUUGGAGUUUGAACACAGCAAAACCACCUCGAUCUGAGCGGCCAGAAAAUCAAAGUAAGUUCUCCCAGAAGACACCAUCUCUAAUUCCUCUGCCUCUACCUCCUUUCCAUUGUUGCUGACUUCUUCGCUCAGAUGGGUCGUCUUCACGAAUACCAGGUCAUUGGGCGCCAUCUGCCCACCGAGGCUACCCCGACUCCCCGGCUGUACCGCAUGCGCAUCUUUGCGCCGAACCCGGUCGUUGCCAAGUCCCGUUACUGGUAUUUCUUGCGAGGACUGAAGAAGGUCAAGAAGGCCACCGGCGAGAUCGUCACCCUGAACGAGAUCCACGAGAAGCGCCCCCUCCAGGUCAAGAACUUCGGUAUCUGGAUCCGAUAUGACUCGCGUUCCGGCACCCACAACAUGUACAAGGAGUACCGUGAGAUGUCGAGGACCGAUGCGGUAGAUGCGCUGUACCAGGACAUGUCUUCCCGUCACCGAGCACGAUUCAGGUCGAUCCACAUCCUCCGUGUCGCUGAGCUGGAGAAGAGCGAUGAUAUCAAGCGCCCGUACAUCAAGCAGCUCCUCACCAAGAACCUCAAGUUCCCUCUUCCCCACCGUGUCCCCAAGAUCAACACCAGGAAGUUGUACAGCGCGAAGCGACCGGGCACAUUUGCUUAAGGGGUUUCAUGAUGGUUAGGGUUUGCAGAUUGUUCUGGUGUUCAUUUGGAAUCAGGGAAAUAUCAUCUGCAUUUGCUCCCUAGACAGAGCAAGGAAUGAGACAAAAAGAAUUUCGAGCAUCGAGAUCUGGGUUUUCGUCACCACGGCAUGGAGUGACUUGUGAUACUGUACGGAGAUUCUGGCUGGCCCACUGAGGAACCUCUGAACACUCGUUGGUGAUCAUCUAUCUACUAUCAUUCGUCCAG